UUCUAGUUGAGGUUAUGUUUACAUCACCUUUAACGUCUGCACUUCACUUUGUCAUCCUUUCCAUUUCUCUCCCUCCAUUCCUUUUUCUUUUAACCUCUAUCUAUAUCUCCCGGGUGCCAUUUUCCCCCUCAAAGAAAUUUGUAGAUUUUAGUUUCAAAUUGUGUGAUUCAACCUUAACCUAUUAUUCACUAUUUUACUUUCUUGGAAUUGUGUGAAUAUCUUGGUAUUUUGGGUUGCAAUUUGGGGGAAUUGCGAGCAAAUGGAUCAUGGGUUUCCUGUAUAUUCAAAUUAUGAUUAUGAUUAUAUGAAUGGAUUACCCAAUUUAGGAAAUGGGUUUGUGGGUCAUAAUCAUAAUCAUAAUAAUAAUAUCAUGGAUGUUAAGGGAGUUAAUUAUUACUUCCCUGAUCCAAGUUCAAGAGAAUUGUCUUCAGUUUGUAAUGUUGUUACCCAUGAGGAUAGCUUGAAUGAAGACUACGAUUUCUCGGAUUCUGUUCUGAGAUUCAUUAAUCAGAUUUUAGUGGAAGAAGAUGUGGAGGGUAAGGGUUGUAUGCUUCAGGAAUCUCUACAGCAUCAAGCUGUUCAAGAUGCUGAGAAAUCCUUGUAUGAGGUUAUUGAAAAGAGCUAUUUGCCUGAACGUGUUUCGCACCCAAACCCGACCUACAUUUGUUCGAAUUUCAACAUCCCAGAAAGCUAUUUUGCUGAUAACUCUUACAGGUGCUACAACAAUGGGACUGUUGAUAGUAAUAGCCAAUCGGUCGAUCCUAGCUGGGGUGGUGAAAAGGGUCAGUAUUAUGGUUCUAAUGUUGAUAAUGCUUUUCCUCUUUACCAACAGCCAGUAUCAUCUUGUAGCUCAACUAGUGCUAACAAUGCUUUAGAUGGGGGAUUAGUGGAUUCGCAGGUGAGUUCUUUUGGGGUUUAUGACCUGUGCGCUGAGAGUCAGUCUAUUUCUCAGUUCAAUAAGGGAGUUGAGGAGGCGAAUAAGUUUCUUCCUAGUCAAAGUGGUUUGUUUGUUAGCGCUGAUAUGAAUAGAUUACCUAAGAAUUCGGAGAAGUGUAAUGAGGCAUUAGUAAAUCCGGGAUUGAAAAGAGACAAAGAUGUUAUAAGGGAUAAAUUCCAGGGAAGGAAGCAUGGUUUUGGGGAUGCUGAAGAAGAGAGAUUUUCCAAACAGGCUGCUACAUAUGAUGACUCCAAAGUGCGGUCAGAUAUGUUUGACAAGGUGCUGUUGCAUCACGGUGGUGAUAAGAAUGAGCUCGUUGUUUCUCUUAGAGCAAACUUGCAAACAGCUGCUACCAAGAAGACGGAGCAAAAUGAUCAAUCGAAAAGUGGUCCAAAGAGUCGUAAAAAAAAGGGUGGAAGGAAGGAAGUGGUGGAUUUAAGAACACUUCUGACAACCUGUGCACAGUCUGUUGCUGCUGAUGACCGCAGGACUGCAAAUGACUAUCUAAAGCAGAUCAGGCAGCACUCUUCUCCUCUUGGUGAUGGAAACCAGAGGCUGGCUCAUUAUAUGGCUGAUGGACUUGAGGCUCGUUUGGCUGGUACUGGUAGCCAGAUUUACAAAGGUCUUAUAAGUAAGAAAACAACUGCUGCAGAUGUUUUAAAAGCUUACCUUUUAUAUCUUGCUGCAUGUCCAUUCAGGAAGCUGUCCAAUUUUUUCUCUAACAAGUCCAUUGCAAAGAGAACAAGAAAAGCUUCUAAAAUCCAUAUCAUAGAUUUUGGCAUCCUUUAUGGGUUUCAGUGGCCAACUUUCAUUCAAAGACAAUCAAUGAGAGAGGGUGGACCACCAAAAAUUAGGAUUACUGGAAUAGAUUUUCCACAACCAGGUUUUAGACCCGCAGAAAGGGUUGAGGAGACAGGGAGACGUUUGGAGAAUUAUGCGCAGGAAUUUAAAGUUCCUUUCGAGUAUCAUGCAAUUGCAAAGAGAUGGGAUACCAUUCAACUGGAAGAUUUUGACAUUGAUGAGGAUGAGGUGCUUGUUGUGAAUUGUAUCUAUCGAUUGAAAAACUUGCCCGAUGAAACAGUGUCAGUUGAAAGUUCAAGAAAUAUUGUUCUGAAAUUGAUAAGAAAACUUAAGCCUGAUAUUUUCAUCCAUGGCGUGGUUAAUGGCUCCUACAAUGCACCUUACUUUGUCACGCGAUUUAGAGAAGCACUUUUUCAUUACUCAGCACAGUUUGAUAUGCUUGAAACUAUUGUGCCGCGUGAAUAUAUUGAAAGGAUGCUGAUUGAGAGAGAUCUCCUUGCUAGGGAGGCCCUAAAUGUUGUGGCUUGUGAAGGAUGGGAGAGAGUUGAGAGGCCAGAGACAUACAAGCAGUGGAAGAUCCGUAGCAUCAGGGCUGGGUUUACUCAACUUCCCCUUGACUCAGAGAUCAAAGAGAGGGCUUUACUGCAGGUUCACUCAGCUUACCACAAGGAUUUUAUGAUUGAUGAAGACAGUCGAUGGCUGCUUCUGGGAUGGAAAGGGCGGGUACUCUUUGCCUUGAGCACAUGGCAACCAACUUAAAAGAAUGCUACCUCUAACUCUAAAGGAAGAACUAUGUGAAAUGCACAUUUUGUCUUCAUUCUUUGCAUGCCAUAAAACUGUCCUACAGGCUACAGCUGUGCAUCCAACUUUAAAGGUAAGCACUUAGCACCAAAAAAGUAAUUGGCUUAGCUAAGAUUACUAUGGUGAUUUGGUUUCCCGUUUCCGAAAUAGCUUGAUACAGGAAAAGAAGUUUCUUAAGCAAGAGAUAGAUUCCGUCUAGGUAGUUUGCAUAAACCUGAGCUUCCACAUUUUGUACAUCACCACCAAUUUUCUCAAAGAUGGUGGAGAUGAUUUGUAUUAUGAGAUGUAGCUAUUUCUUUAGAUGACAUUAAUACCAACUAUGAACUUCCGAUGCUUUGGUUACUUUGCAAA